AUUUUCCCUAGCGGGGCACACUCAUCAGUAUCUCCGUUUCGUUCAUCUCAUCGAAACCUCGUAGCCAGGCACCAGACAAGUAAUCAAGAAUGGCAGCCCGAGGAGGCCAGGAAGGAGUGAGCCUCGACAGCCUCAACCCACAGCAGCUCACCCAGGUGAAGAAGCAGCUAGAUGACGAGGUGGAGCACCUGACGAACUCGUUCGCCCAGCUCCAUGCCGCGCAGGGCAAGUUCAAGGAGUGUCUGCGCUGCGUCAACACGGCGCCUACCUCUCAGGACAAGAGCAAGAAGAAGGACAUCCUAGUGCCGCUGACGAACUCCCUCUAUGUCCGCGGGAAGCUGACCAACCCCGACCGAGUCAUCGUUGACGUCGGGACCGGUUUCUACGUCGAGAAGGAUGUCAAGAGUGCGACGGAAUUCUAUGAAGACAAGGUGAAGCAGCUGGGCAGCAACAUUCAGGACCUCGAGAACAUCGUCCAGAACAAGACGAACAGUCUUAGAAUGGUGGAGGAAGUAUUGCGACAGAAAGUUUUAGCAGGCUCGCAGCCAGGACCGUCGUCGUAAUGGCCGGCUCAGAGAGGGUUUCCUGGAUAUUUGGAAGGCUUAGCUUGUGGAUAUCUUCAAUAUCUGCGCCGGAUUGGGGCUAAUUUGGAGGGCGCAGCUGCUUGACUACCAUAGGUAGUCAAACUAAUCAUCUGCUACUCGUGGAAGGAAGGUGGAAGGUGGUUGGGGAAAUGGCCAUAUCGAACUACCUAGACCCAGAACCUCGAAAUGUAUGAGGAUCAUGUGUGACGCAGCUUUCUCAGACAUCCGUUGCAUUGUAUCAAUUAGAGUCGACGGCCCCCCGUCAAACAGUCACCAGAGAAGAUACAAGACGGAGGAAUGAGAGAGAAUCAACAACCCCGAGUCAAGAAAAAUAUCCCGGCCAGACCUGCCUUGCUAAGCAAACGCCCUUGUCAUCCCCUGUCCUGCCGUGGCUUUUUCUGCGGCUGUCGGACUCUAGUCCUCGACAUACUGGAACUCCGCAACCUCGCCAAGAAU